AUGGCAUCCAGUAUUCUCCCAGAAAUGACGUUGCCAUCAUUAAAAGUGAAAAUAAAUGGAAGGCUCCGAACAGCAUUAAUUGAUUCUGGAUGCUCCAUUACUGUGGUUCAUGCUGAGUCCGCGCAUGGGCUUGUGUUAAAAAGUCAAAAACUUAUCACAACUUUGGGAGGAACUGUGCAAGUGCUGGGUGAAAUGGUAAUCAAUCUGGAAAUUGAUGGAAUAUACCGGAUGGUUAAUUCUCUGGUUGUAAAAGAAAAACCAUUUGGGUUUGAUUUGAUUUUUGAAAUGAAUGCAAUUAAAAAAUUUGGAGGAGUUAUCAUUUAUGGUAAUAAAAACUGUAACGUCCGAAUGUUAGCAUGUGACAAAGCGAAAUGUGGUGCCGUUACUACGACGAGAAAAAACGAAAACGAAAUAAACGAAUUAAAAAUUGAUGUUAUUAAUACGACAAGAAAAAGCGAAAACGAAGUACAAAAAAUAAAAUGUGAUGUCAAAAAUACAACAAGAAAUGAAGAGAACGAAAGAAACGAAAUAAAACAUCAGGACUUCACAGCAAAGUUCGACGGAAAAAAAUGGACGGCAUCAUGGAACUGGAAUAAAGAGCCUGUAAUUGGUAAUACCAUUUGUGAAUACAAGAUGAACCAAGAGCACGAACGUAGUUACCGUAAAGAAAUACGUGAAUGGAUUGACUCUGGUACUCUUGUACCAUAUAACGAACUAAUAUUAGGACCACCAAAAGUAUUGAUACCGCUUAUGUGCGUAGUGCAAGAAAAUUGUCACACGGCAAAUGCGGACGUUUGUCAAGAAAAACUGCGUUGCUGGAGAAAAAUAAAAAAUGCAAAAAUUCUCGAUCUUAAAAAAGCCUACCUCCAAAUUCAUAUUGAUAAAAAAACUUUGGCCAUAUCAAACGGUGAUUAUAAAUGGGCAACGAAAGCAUGUGAUAACUACAUUGAUGAUAUAUUUGUGGAUGAAAGUGUGGAAACUGCGAAAAAUGUAGCGAAGCAUCUGCUUAAAUUUGGAUUACAAUGUAAACCUCCACAAGAUCUUGAACAAGGACGUGUCUUAGGAUUGAGAGUAGAAAGAAAUAAAAAUGGGGAACUGAUAUGGAAACGAGACAAUGUGGUACAAUUCGAAUCUUUAAAUGCAGUCACACGAUCACAGCUUUUCAGCCAGUUAGGCAAACUUAUUGGACAUUACCCAGUGGCAGGAAGUUUGCGUUUACAAGCUUCAUACAUCAAACGUUUAGCUGGAAAUAUACCUUGGUGUGUUUUUAUUUCUGAAGAUUGUAAAGAAAAACUGAAAGAGUUGCUUUACCGUGUGGAAAAAGAGAAUCCGGUUGGUGGAAAAUGGCUGGUACCAGUUAAUGGAAAAGCUGAGCUUUAUUGUGAUGCAUCAUCUAUAGGACUUGGGGUAGUUCUGCUCAUUGGUGGAGUAGUUGUUGAAGGCGCAGCAUGGCUACGGCCAGCGAGUGACACACACCAUAUCAAUAUAAGUGAACUGGAUUCUAUACUUCGAGGACUAAACUUAGCUAGUAAGUGGGGCAUAAAAGAGUUAACAGUAUACAGUGAUAGCAAGAGCACCGUAGGAUGGUUAAACGCAGUUUUGAAGGAAGAAUAUCGCGUAAAAACUCGGGGAAUUUCUCAAUUGUUAGUACAAAGACGAUUGAAUACUAUUAAGGAAGUGGCAAAAGAUAUUCAGAUCGCAGUACAAUGGAUUCCAUCUGAGAUAAAUUUGGCUGAUCGACUCUCACGAAUCCCUCAAAAAUGGUGCAGAACAGUGUGUGCAGCUGGAUUACUUGAACAAAAAGACAUAUGGAAAAUUCAUUCAAUUGGUCAUUUUGGUGUUGCUCGAACAUUACAACUUUGCUUGCGAAAUAAUCAAAAUGUAUCACGUAAGGAGGUUUCAGCAGUAAUUGCGAAUUGUAACCAGUGUAACUCCAUUGAUCCUUACUCCGUAAAGUGGAAGAAUGGCCAACUAAGCGUAGAAAAAAAUCGGAAUCGGGUUGCCAUUGACGUGACGCAUGUAGGUGCUGAACUGUACUUAUCAAUGAUUGACUGUGGUCCAUCACGGUAUACAAUAUGGCGUAAACUUGCAACUAAAGCAGCUGCUGAAGUUGUUGGUAGACUCGAAGAAAUAUUCUCUUUAUUUGGUCCGCCAGUAUGUCUUCUAAUGGACAACGAAUUUCGGUCCAACACGUUAACAAGUUUUGCUGAAGAAUGGCAUGUUAAUUUGGAAUAUCAAGCAGCACAUCGAGCUCAAGGUAAUAGUAUAGUUGAACGUAUACACAGAACGAUAAAAAGAACGGUCGCUCGCUCUCAUUGUUCAAUCGCUCUGGCAGUCUUGCUGUACAACGAGACAAUAUCAUCCAAUUGUACUGAAAGUCCAUCCAAGCAAUUCAAGAAAAGAUCGACAUGUUUCAUCCCAGGCGUCGAUACUCGGAGGAAGGUAGACGAGAAAGGCGUAAGCAAGAAAUUCAAAGUGGGUGACAAUGUUUGGGUAAAACCAACUCAAGAAACAAAAUGUGACUAG